UCAUUCAUCAUACGUAAAUAAAAAUUACGAUAUUCAAUUUUAAUAAGAAGAAAUAGAACACAGCAAAUUCUUUUCAUGUAAAAAGUUUUUUGUUAAAGCAAUAAUUAUAUACGUGAUCUCUACAGGCCAUUGUAAGCACUGGCCCUAAGGAGAGCACAUAGUGGACAUAGUCCACAAGUUGUUCAAUAGCUAAAGAAGUUAAGCAUCACGGCGGGCAGAAGCAACAUGCGACGAGCGAGAGACGGUUAUCAGUAUCAGCCUAUUGCCAGGACUAUACCAGCUGACGAUGUUCUGGAGCAUGAAAAUGAACGGCUGGCCGAAGAGCUUGGGGGCAAGAUAUCCACACUGAAGCAUAUGUCGAUAGAAAUCGGAAACGAAGUGAGAUAUCAGGAUAAAAUUCUACGAGGCUUGGACGACGAUGUGGACCGGAGCUCGGGGUUUCUUGGCCGGACUAUGGGGAGGGUGCUCAAGUUAGGCAAAGGAAACCACAAUUACUACAUUGUUUAUUUGUUCCUUUUUUCCAUAUUUGUGUUCUUCCUACUUUAUAUUGUGCUAAAGUUCAGGUGAAUAAACAUUAGUUGAUCAAUAUGUAUUAUUUAUAAUUAUGAAAUACAAAAUAUUGGUUGUAUAAUCUAGGGAAUAGGGUAAAAUUGGUUUAAAUUGUUAUCUCAAGGUAAAUAUUAGUGUAACUUAUUCUAUAUCUUAAAAAAUAUACCUGCAAUGCUCUAAUGUUGUUUGAGGCAUUUCUUUCUUUUGAAUAUUACAUAAUUGUUUCUCAUUUUUAUGUACCUUUAAAAUUUAAGUCAGUCAAAAUUCAAAAUAAUUUUGGUUAAAACUUGAUGUUACUGUCCCUGUAAAUAUGUCAAAGGGUACAUUAUAAUAUUGAUGUGUAUAAAAAAAUGCAAAAAAUUAUACUGAUAAUGUUUAUUUAUUUUAAAAAAUCCCACCAACUAGCUAUAAUCUAUACAAUUCCUGCAAAACUUUGCAAUGUUCUUCACUAAAUGUAUCUUUAGUACAUGAUAUAUACAAUUUGCAGAUUGAUUUUAAUUCUUUUGAGCAGCUAUAUGCAGUAUCGAGAAGUAAUGCAACAAUUCCACAAGCGUUCUGAAACUGAGUUUUGUUGCAAUAUUCACCUAUAUCAUCUAAAAUAAUUGUAGACGGAAUAUUUUGCCAGUUUGGCAAAGUUGAUAUACCAUCAAUCAAUGAAGACAUGUUAGGCAAAUAUA